CUCCCCUCCUCCUCCUCCCCCCUGACGGAGUGCUGAGUGAGAGGGUUCAGACAGCAUGAGGACCUGAAUCCUGCAGGAACUAAAAUCAGCUACCUCCAGCACCUCUAGAUUUACCAGCAUCUCCAGCACCUCUAGCUUAACCAGCACCUCCAGCUCAACUGCCUCCAGCUCAACCAGCACCAGCACCAGCACCGCCUGCACCAGCACCAGCACCAGUACCACCGGACAGAGCCGCCAAACAGAGCCAGCACCACCACCGGAUGACCUGAGCGACGCGCACUCGCCCAGCGAACCUCUCUCCCUGCGCCCCUGUCUCUCAGCAGAGCCAUGACCAGGAAGGUCUUCACUAACAGCCGGGAGCGCUGGAGGCAGCAGAAUGUGAACGGGGCCUUCGCCGAGCUGCGCAAGCUCAUCCCCACGCACCCGCCCGACAAGAAGCUCAGCAAGAACGAGAUCCUGCGCCUCGCCAUGCGAUACAUCGGCUUCCUGUCCCGCCUGCUGGAGGCGCAGAGCGGGCCGCCGCCCGGCCCCGCCUCCCUGCUCUCCUUCCUGCGUGGGAACGUCCAGCACCUCAACUCCGGCCGAGCCUGGGCCCCGGCCAGCGACUCCGACGCCCCGUCGCCAGGGUCCAGCUGCGGCAGCUCCGAGGCCUGGUAGCCCCGCUCGAAACACGCCCGAAACACAUCGGAAACACACCGGAAACACACCGGAAACACACCCAACACACCGGAAACACACCCAAC